AUGAUCAAAGAUGAAGAUAUAAAACAGGCGAAAACUCAGAAUAAUAUACUUAGAGAGAAGCUCAAGGCUGCUCUUGAACAGGAAAAGAAGAAAAAACAAGAACAACAGCAACAACAAAGCCAACGCUUUGAUAGCGACGACACCUUAGAUCAACUAAUCAAUCUUGAUUUGACCAACCACACCUCUAAAGAAGAACGCUGGUUGGAACUAAAACAACGAAUGAAUAGAAUAAACAGUCAGGACUAUACCUUACCCCAAACUACUCCUCCUAGAACCACCCCUACCUCAUCUACCAUUUCAAGCUCUAACAGCAUCAAGACUACCGAUCACAACUUACUUGAUCAGAUAAACCAUCUUAAUCAAACUAUAUCCAGUUUAAACCAACAGUUAAAGCAACAGCAAACUGAAAGAAAUGACUUGAUUGAAGAGUUUCAGUUGAAAGAAACGAAAAUGAUAUCUAUCCAUAAUAAAGAAAACAAAGAGUUGAAGCACAAGUAUAAUCGGGAAUUAGAAAGUGUAAAGGAGCAAUUAGUCGCUUCCAAUGAGAAAGUAAAGAUUUUAACUGCUGAUAAUCAGCAAUACAAAUACAACGCACAUAAAUUAGAAAGUAAGCUCACAGAAGCGAAAACCAAGUUUGAUAAGUUGAACUCAAAGUAUGAAAAGUUAAAGAAAAUCUAUGAACAGCAACAGGUUGAUGUUCAUGAACGUACUCGAGAACAACCAAGCAUGGCCUAUGUAGAUCCACUAAGAAAUUUACAAUCUGAACACCCAAGAGUCCAUGCAGACCAGUCGAAAUUUUAUUCAGAUCAUCAUCCAAGAAUCUAUUCAGAACAGGCAAGAUUACAUUCAGACCAACCAAGAGUCUACUCAGACCAACCAAAAGAUGUCAAUUCGGAUACAACAAAUGGGUUAUUCAGUUUAAAACCAACUGGUCAAGUAAUAGAUAAUGAUUCGGAUUCGGAUGAUGAACUAUUGGAACGGAAACUAUCACCAAUUCUGCCAAUAACUCAACCUCUCGAUAGUGGUACAACAAGUACUCAAGUAUUAUUAAAUCAAUCAUCCAAUAAUAUUGGAAAUAGGGGUAACUAUCAUCCGGAAGAUGAUACUAAUUAUUUAUUAAAUUUAAAGUAUUAG